AUGGAAUCCGCUAGACAUAUGCAAGACCACUGGGACGUCUACCAGAAGGGGGCCGAGGAGUUGACCAAAAACUUAUUGGCGCUCUUCAGCAAAGUCCCGGAAAGCUUCAAGAAGCAGUACCAGGAGGCGAGUGCUGAAAUGGUGAAGUCUGCUCAGGAUCUCUUCUACUCCCUGCUAGGGAAUAUAGUCAACAAUGUGAGCUCCUUGAUCUUUGGGGUCCUCUUGACCAUGCUUUACACGCUCUUUUGGCUUUGCAGCCCUGUUCCGAUGGACUCCUCAGUGGAUGUGAUGUUCAGGAAGUACAUUAUGUUCAAGACACUGGCGUGCUUCGGGUAUGGCAUCUCGGCUGGCCUGUUGCUAUACUUCCUCUCCAUCGAUUUGGCGUCGGUCUUUGCUCUCACCACCUUUGCUUUGAAUUUCGUUCCUGAGGUUGGGCCCUUCAUUGCCAUGGUCCUGCCGUGCCCGGUGAUCUUGUUCGACAGUCGGCUGGAGAGACCAACACUGGUGCUGUUGACGGCGAUCAUCGGACAGUUAGCCUUGAAAUUCUCCUUCAGCAACAUCAUCGAGGUGAAGCUGAUCGAGAGUGACAAGAAGCUCAGGAUGCACCCGGUGAUGAUUCUGCUGUCGGUGGGCAUCUUCGGUUAUCUCUGGGGGCCUACAGGAAUGUUGCUCAGCGUACCCUUGAUGGCUUUGAUGAAGAUCGCCCUCUUCUCGGAGCUGGUGCCCUCCAGCUACCGUGAUCCCAUUCUGGUGAUCCUCGAGGGCGAUCGCCGGGCACCGCAGAAGCACGGCCUCCAGGCGGCGGCGAACGCGGGCGCGAAUGAAGCGGGGAAGAAGGGCGAACGGAUUCGGGAGGUGACGUGA